GCCAUGGGCUGCGACGGGCGCGUGUCGGGAAUGCUCCGUCGCCACCUGCAGCCCACGCUCACCUACUGGAGCGUCUUCUUCAGCUUCGGCCUGUGCAUCGCCUUCCUGGGGCCCACGCUGCUGGACCUGCGCUGCCAGACGCACAGCUCGCUCGCGCGGGUCUCCUGGGUCUUCUUCUCGCAGCAGCUCUGCCUGCUGCUGGGCAGCAUCUUCGGGGGCGUCUUCAAGAGGACGCUGGCCCAGUCGCUGUGGGCCCUCUUCACCUCUUCUCUGGCCAUCUCGCUGGUGUUUGUCAUCAUCCCCUUCUGCCGCAACGUGGAAGUGCUGGCCUUGGUCAUGGCGCUGGCCGGCCUGGCCAUGGGCUGCAUCGACACUGUGGCCAACAUGCAGUUGGUGAAGAUCUACCAGAAGGAUUCGGCGAUCUUCCUCCAGGUGCUCCAUUUCUUUGUGGGUUUCGGGGCUCUGCUGAGCCCUCUGAUUGCCGACCCCUUCCUCUCUGAGACGGACUGCGUACCUGUCAACGGCACUGCCAACGCCACCUCCAGCAGCCACCAGGUCCUGAACCAGUACCACCCAGAGGCCUUGUCUCGAUACAACCAGACGCCCCCAGGCCUGCCUGCCCAGGGCUGGACGGGGACCCACGUGUCUUAUGCUUUCUGGAUCAUGGCCCUGAUCAACCUCCCAGUGCCUGUGGCUGUGCUGCUUCUGCUAUCUAAGGAGCAGCUGCUGACCUGCUGUCCCCAGAGGAGGCCCCUGCUGCUGUCUGCAGAUGAGCUUGCCCUGGAGACGCGGCCCACACCGAAGGAAGACCCCUCCUCGCUGUCCCCAAAGCUCCAGCAAGAGCCAGGGCACCAGGACCUGUUCAGCUGCUGCCAGAGGAAGAACUUCAAGGGGGCCCCUUAUUCCUUCUUUGCCAUCCACAUCACUGCUGCCCUGGUUCUGUUCAUGACCGAUGGCUUGACGGGGACAUACUCUGCCUUUGUGUACAGCUAUGCAGUGGCCAAGCCCCUGUCUGUGGGACACAAGGUGGCCGGCUACCUGCCCAGCCUGUUCUGGGGCUCCAUCACCCUGGGCCGCCUCGUCUCCAUUCCCAUCUCGUCACACAUGAAACCGACCUCCAUGGUGUUCAUCAACAUGGUGGGCAUAGUGACAACAUUCCUGGUGUUCCUCAUUUUCGCCUACAACGUCAUCUUCCUGUUUGUGGGGACAGCGAGCCUGGGGCUGUUCCUCAGCAGCACCUUUCCCAGCAUCCUAGCCUACACUGAGGACAUUCUCCAGUACCGCGGCUGUGCGACCACGGUGCUGGUGACGGGGGCAGGAGUCGGUGAGAUGGUGCUCCAGCUUCUGGUUGGUUCGGUCUUCCAGGCUCAGGGCAGCUACAGUUUCCUGGUCUGCGGCGCCAUCUUCGGCUGCUUGGCUUUUGCCUUCUACAUCUUGCUCCUGCUUUUCCACAGGAUGCACCCUGGACUCCCAUCAGCUCCCACCCAAGACAAACCUCUCCAGAUGGAGAGCCCCCCGUGCUACCAGAGAGAGGUCAAGCUCGGGGAGGAAGACACAUGAAGACCUGCUGCCCUUGAGCCCCACCCCGGGCCACAGCGGCGAGGAAACCAGGGGCAGAGGUGAAAGCCAUCUCUCAGCCAUCUUUGUUCAGCGCCUCUCCAGGAAUGCCUGAGUAGAAAAGACAGAUUGAGCCCUGGGGCCUAGGACACGCCCCCUCACCCCCACCCCGACCCCUCACCACCCCCACCCAGGCAAAUCAUUAGUUUACCCUUCGAUUCAAGCACCUUCCUCUGCCCUGGCGCAGACUCUCGGGAUACUACCUGGCCGGGGAAAGAAGGCAGCCAUGCACUUCACCCCGACUGCCGCUCCACCCGGGACAGUGCCCUGGGCUUGCCCUCAUCACGCCUCGUUGAAUUUGGAGGAAACAGGUGAACACUGUCAAGCUCACUCAAUGAUCACUGCUCUGCGUAGACAGCCUUCACAAUAAACCCACGCUCUUCCUCGCGGGCACGCUCAA